ACACAGAGCUACUCCAAUCAGGACAAAUGUUAAAGUAACGUAAGGUUUAUGAUAUCUGUUAUCACUAAAAGACAGGUGCUAGUCUCUCAUUAGGGAUUAGAUUGCAAGCUGUGAAGAGUAUGGAUGUCCUGAAAACUGUCCUCGUGCUGGCAAUUGUUGUGCCGGCAAUCUAUGGUGCUGUCCUACAGCUGCCCAAGACCAGGUCCUGCAUGACUGACGGGGAGUGUGGGACAGGAGAGUGCUGUGCCAAGCAGCUCGGACCCCUCAUCGUCAGCAGGAAGAGGGAUGUGUUCACUACCCCCGACCCUGCCACUGUACAAGGGACCUGCAAGCCGUACCUGAAGCACGGAGAGUGGUGCGGUGGAGUCUGGAAGCAGAACGGCUUCUGUGGGUGUGCCCCCUCCCUCACCUGCCACCGUUACCCCCUCACGGGCAUUGUCACUAGGGGGAAGAGGAAGAUGUUGGCAGGCAACUAUCUCUGCGAGCCAAAGGAAAUGGGCCCCUAGAUCGCGAUGAAACAUGUCCAAUACGUCUACUUGAAAUAUAUAAAAUAUGCAGG